AUGGACCAGUACACGAUUCACAUCGUAGAGGAAGAGAAAGGCAAGGAAGAUUGGCCUCGACGAGAACGCUUUCUCGCUAAACAGUGGGACAACCUCAGGGAUGGGUCCAUCAGACAGGCUUUGAUGCGACGACACGCAGAGUGCUUGACGCUUCCAGCAACGGAAGAGCAAAAUCACGGGGAGACUGAAUCGGCUGACAUGAUUUUCCAAAGACUCAAGACUACUGUCAACCACUCGACUGAUGAUGAUUGGAUUCGUGAAGCAGGUCAUUCGAGCACAAGCCGAUGGCAAGAGUUUGGCACCCGUCACUUGGCGAAUGCCAGUAAAUGGUCUGUCUCUGUGGCGACGCCUUACUUCCUCCAAAAAGUGAGCAGUGGCGAGGCUCGAGGCGACGACUCUGAGUUGAGGGAGAACGUGUCCUGGACGACGCCACCUUACCUGAGUAUAAAGGGGGAUGGUCUCAAGGGUGAAUAUACCACACUUGCGAACCAUAAUAGUUGCGCAGCCCCUUUCACGAUGACUAUCCUAGCGCAGACGAUGGCGGAACUACAUUCUCGUAUGACAAGAACAAGACCGGGAAUAAACCUAACGGAAGCAGUACUAGAGAGUCGAUUUUCCGCAACCUCUCCGGAUGUUUUGUUGACAGGCCAUGUGAGCCCUUCUGCCUGGGAAGUUCUCGGAACACAGGACAUACAAGUCUGCUUCAACACGAACAGCGUAUUUGAUUUCAAGAGACUCCCUGCCGGCUGCAAGGAUGAGCUAAUCAGCUGCGAUGCCUUUGGCAGUCUGGAGAGCAUAUCGUUCGCCGCCGAUUGCCACACUCGAUCGUGGAUUGGCACGGCAAGUGGCUAUCCUGGACUGUAUGCCUGGUAUCCAUUGCAGCCCGGCCUAUCGAAGAAGCGUGUGGGCAGUGCUCGAGGUGUUCCAGCGUCCUGCUACCGAGCGGACGGCAAAGAAGUCAUGUCAUCAAUUUCACUCCAAUAUCUGCCCGAUGAGACGGAGUUUAAGGAUGUGGAACUUAUCGUCGACCCGGAAAGAGCCUUUGCGCUUCCAAGUGAGGCCGAGAAGAAACGAGCCGAAGAAGCACAAAUCGAAUUGCAGCAUGUAAAGGCCGUUCUCAGAGAUGCUUUCGGCGAGAAGGCACAUAAACUUGAAUCUACCAACUCCUUCUCAUUGGAGACGUACCCUUAUCCCGUCAGCACUUAUGCUCCAACCGAAUUCGACGGCGAUGACGUGAGCAUCAGUAACAACCUGUGGCUUGAAUAUGGUGAUGCUGCUAACAAGAGGAAUUGA